AUUCUCAUCAUCAUAGCUUAAACCACUCUCUCCACUGGAUCCGCCAUUGAUGACGUCAUCACUACCGGUUCGAGCUCCGUCAUGGGUUUCUUCCCGGAGAAUCUUCGAAGAGAGACUCCAAGAUCUUCCCAAAUGCGCCAAUUUAAACCAAGUGAAACAGCUUCACGCCCAGAUAAUUCGACGGAAUCUUCAUCAAGAUCUACACAUAGCACCAAAGCUAAUCUCUGCUCUUUCUCUCUGUCGUCAAACGAAUUUAGCUCUUAGGGUUUUUAAUCAGGUUCAAGAACCAAAUGUUCAUCUUUGUAAUUCUCUGAUUAGAGCUCAUGCGUUGAACUCGCAGCCGUAUCAAGCUUUCUUCGUUUUCUCAGAGAUGCAAAGAUUUGGUCUUUUUGCUGAUAAUUUCACUUACCCGUUUCUUCUUAAAGCUUGUUCGGGUCAAUCAUGGUUACCUGUGGUGAAGAUGAUGCAUAAUCAUAUCGAAAAAUUGGGGCUUUCGUCGGAUAUUUAUGUUCCAAAUGCUCUCAUUGAUUGUUAUUCUAGAUGUGGUGGUUUGGGUGUUAGAGAUGCUAUGAAGUUGUUUGAGAAGAUGAGUGAGAGAGAUACUGUGUCUUGGAAUUCGAUGCUUGGUGGUAAAGCUGGAGAUAUGGAAAUGGCUAGAGUUAUGUUUGAUAAGAUGCCAUUGCUGGCUAAAAAUGUGGUCACUUGGACGAUAAUUAUUGCGGGAUAUGCGGAGAAGGGGCUUUUGAAAGAGGCUGAUAAAUUAGUCGACCAAAUGGUGGCUUCAGGAUUGAGAUUUGAUGCUGCUGCUGCUAUUAGUAUCUUGGCUGCUUGUGCCGAGUCUGGUUUGCUUAGUUUAGGAACGAGGGUUCAUUCUAUAAUAAAAAAGUCUAACCUCAAUUCGAAUGCUUCUGUGUUAAAUGCACUACUUGAUAUGUAUGCGAAAUGUGGUAGCCUAAAAAAAGCGUUUGAUGUGUUUAACAACAUGCCCAAGAAGGACCUCGUCUCUUGGAACACUAUGCUUCAUGGUCUUGGUGUUCAUGGCCACGGAAAAGAAGCAAUUGAGCUUUUUUCGAGAAUGAGAAGGGAAGGGAUUCGGCCUGAUAAAGUCACGUUUAUUGCUGUGUUAUGUUCCUGCAAUCACGCGGGUCUCAUUGAUGAAGGCAUAGAUUACUUCUAUUCAAUGGAGAAAGUGUAUAAUCUUGUUCCUCAAGUUGAACACUAUGGUUGUCUUGUUGACCUAUUAGGUCGUGGAGGGCGGCUAAAGGAAGCAAUAAAGGUUGUCCAAACAAUGCCUAUGGAACCCAAUGUUGUUAUUUGGGGUGCUCUUCUAGGAGCGUGCAGGAUGCAUAACGAGGUAGAUAUCGCUAAGGAAGUUUUGGAUAAUCUGGUUAAAUUAGACCCGUCUGAUCCGGGAAACUAUACACUGCUGUCAAAUAUUUAUGCAGCAGCAGAGGAUUGGGAAGGGGUUGCUGACAUAAGGUCAAAGAUGAAGAGCAUGGGAGUAGAGAAACCAUCUGGAGCUAGUUCGGUUGAACUGGAGGAUGGGAUACACGAAUUUACAGUUUUUGACAAAUCACACCCAAAAUCUGAUCAAAUAUAUCAGAUGCUUGGUAGUUUAAUUGAACCUCCAGAUCCUGGUGAGCUGGUUGCUGUUGGAUAAACUACUUAGUUUAUAUCUGCGAUGUUGAGAUCAUUAGGUAAUAUAUCUAUUAUAGGCUGUGAGCAUCAGCAGUGUGGCCUAGGCCAUAAAUUUGUAGUUCAUUUUCCAAAGGAACACAAAGAUGAUUUUUAUCCUUGUAACGAGUUCGGGUACUGUAUAUACCAUAAUUUAUAAAUCUUGAGAUCAAUU